AUGCACUUUUUCAAAUCAAGCAUUGUCAUAUUGGCUGCUACUUGUAAGCUUGCACUUGCAUUCGACUGUCAUUCACCAUAUGGCGCAGGUGGUUGCCUGGACACGGUGGCGGGCUCGGUCGAUAUUCUUUCACCCGCCCUGCAGCCGAACGGAAGGGGGACUACAUAUUUUCUCUGCGAGAAAGGGCUCAAUGAGUGCUGUUUGGACGCUACAUUCAAGAUUCCCCCGGGCCGGAUUCCCGAUCCCAACAAAUGCCAAUUAGGGUAG